AUGACGAUCCAGAGGACCUUCACUGCGUUCCCUUCUGCUGGUAACAACCUAGCCGGCUUGCAAGUGGGCCCAUUGCAACCCACAUUUUCCCUUUUUCUGGCUAUAUCGGUCCCUUUGAUCCGAUCUCACUGUUUUAUCAGACAAUCACAGGAUUCGGAUUGCCAGCACCGAGGACGUGCAGCAAGAGGUGAUACAGCAACAGUAAAGCGCAUGUCCGUUUGA